AUGAAUCUUUUCAUUUACGUUCUUCUUUUGUCCAUUUCGAUAAGAAGUUGUUUCAAUGGAAGCCAAAGUAAUGUAUCUUCUACUGUAGGAGCAAAGCAGCUUCAGUCAAUGGAAACAAACCUGGACAGUUUUAGGAGACGUCUCCUCGUUAUUGUUGUUGGUAUUAUGAUCAUGUCCUUUGUCUUUACCUGUUUGUGUUUUCUCCAUCAUAACUGUAUGAGCGACAAUGCCACCAACGGAGACAUAAUCAGAAAACAAGGGAUAGCAGCCAAACCGUCCAGAUUAUCACCCAGUGAAUCAAAAACAGCCAGUCCAUGCAGCCCAGAAAAACAACCCCUGCUAUCCUGUACAGACAAGUUAUCUGAGCCAUCGAGUCAAAAAAAGUCAUCCAGACCAUCCAGUGUACAAAAAUUACUCAGGCCAACAAGUCCAGAAAAGUCACCUAUACCAUCCAGUGCAGAGAAGUUACCCAGGCCACCAUCCAGUCUACCCAAACUGGUCAAGCCACCCAGACAUCCAAAUCCAAAAUGGUCAGGUAGUAUAAAUAAGACAGACACGUUAUCUCGGCCUCUACCAUCCAAGACUUGUCGAUGCUACAAGGAAAAAUGCCUUGUUUGUAAAACUUCUCCUGAAAGUUCUGAGAUAAAGAACAACUUUGCUCUAACCCCACCAUUUUUAAGUGAAGUGAAGUGUUUAUCCCAGUCCUUUCACAAGGAAGAUUCCAUGGGCAACACAAUAUUUUAUGAUGCAAGUGAUGAUGAUGAUGACAGCGAUAGGGAGAUAACCAUUAUUUGUAACAUAAAGCAAAAGGAAGCUCACCCUAGAGCCACUCAAAAUAGUUAA